GGCUGGACAGCGGGCAUCGGGUCACCAGGCAUCAGGUCAUUUGGCUCGACAGCGGGCACCGCGUCAUCUGGCAAGGCAGUGGGCUCCGAGUCAACAGGCACGACAGUGGGCUCUGAGUCACCGACAGGGGCAUCAGGUACCGGAUUGUCUGGCUCGACAGCGGGCAUCGGGUCACCAGGUAUGACAGCGGGCACUGGGUCACCAGGCAUCAGGUCAUUUGGCUUGCCAGCGGGCACCGCGUCAUCAUCACCGGGUCACCAGGUAUUGGAUGGGCUCGACAGCGGGCAUCGGGUCACCAGGUAUGACAGCGGGCACUGGGUCACCAGGCAUCAGGUCAUUUGGCUUGCCAGCGGGCACCGCGUCAUCUGGCAAGGCAGUGGGCACCGGGUCACCAGGUAUUGGAUCGUCUGGCUCGACAGCGGGCAUCGGGUCACCAGGCAUCAGGUCAUUUGGCUCGCCAGCGGGCACCGCGUCAUCUGGCAAGGCAGUGGGCUCCGAGUCAACAGGCAUGACAGUGGGCACCGGGUCAUCAGGUACCGGAUUGUCUGGCUCGACAGCGGGCAUCGAGUCAACUGGCCUAAUAGGAUCGUCAGGCUGGAUCAGUUCAUCAUGCUGGGUAGAGGCAUCAGGCUGAAUGCCGGCGUCCGGCUGAGUAGAGGCUUCAGGCUGAGUAGA